AAGAUCAAAGGGUUUUUCUACACUGAUUUGCAUGGUGAAGAACUGUGGUCCGUAGAUGUUGAAUUGACUUAUGGAUCGAAACUAUAGGAAAGCUCUUCAAUGCUUGAAUAUGUGUAGUCCUGUAGAUCAGAAAAACAACUGUUUUGAUUUGGAUGCAAAGAUACCAGAAAAGCCACGUGUGCCUCCCAUGGCUAAGUUUCGAGAAAAGGACUUGUGUCAUGAAGCUACUGAAGAUCUUUUUGUUGUACCAGCUAUUCUACAGGGGAAAGGCAAAGGAUCAUUUUGGUAUGAGCCAAUUUUUCAGGUUAAAACUUUAGAAGGAGAAAUCAUUUGGAGGAGGUGUAAAUAUGAGGUUAAGAAAGGCAAAGUUCUCGGAGCAUUUUACUUCAAUGUCUUAGAUAAUAGAGUUAUAUCAAAUGGGUUUUGGACAAUUAUGGAUGUGUCUGAUAAUUUUAGCUGUGGUUUAUUUCAUUAUGAUGGUGCAACGCGAGUGGCAAGGCAGGCUGAUAAUGGUGCAGUACUUAUAAGUCCUGAUGGAGUAUACCUUAAGGAGUUAGAGAGCAUUAGAUUAUUUUUUGCUUUGGAGACGUGUGGAAUUGAGUGGGAGCUAUUUAUAGUUAUAGUUGAUAAUUGUCCAUGCCAUGAUCCUCUACUGGGAAUUCCUGAAGGUUCAAGGUUACAUUCUAUGAUUAAUGUAAAAUACCAAAGUUGGGCUUCUUGAUAGGGAUGACCAACAGUAUAAAGCUCAUUUUGGCUUUAAACUUGCUUGUUCGGCUAAAAACUCAUUUGUGUGUGAAUCCGGGAGAUGUUUUUUCUUACCCAUUCAAGACUCUGUCAAAUAUGUUAUGUGAUAGUUCAAUUUCUAUAUAUUGGUUGGACUACCAUCCUUCUUCUUCUCUUUUGUUUUUUUGAAAGAGGCUAAUUAGUACAAAGUACAAACUUCCAAGUAGUUUGAUUUAGUGGUCUUACGCAAUUAUUGAUUUCUCUGUAUGUAGUAUCAUCAACUGAGUUUUACUUAUCCACUAUACUUGAAGCUACGUGUUGUGUGCAUUUCUUUUGUUUAAGUUCUGUUUGGCUACCGAGAAAAGUGGAUGGAAGGAAAAGAGGAUUUACUGUGACGGUUUCAAAACUAUUUAUAUAAUUCAGUUAAAGAAUUGGAAAUGUAUAAACUUACUCUUUUUAUUUGCAUAUUUUGGAUGCUUCUUUUCUUCCUUGAUUAACUGCAGUUCUAUUUGUUUGAUGCAUUGAUGAAAUUUAAACUGCUAGAUUUUGGUAUGGUUCUUACGUCCUCCUUCUGUUCCUUCAUUUACUUGGACGAUCAGGAUGGAUUGUUCUUUUAGUGGUGAGGGCCUAGCUAUACUUCAGUUGCAUAAAUGGGACCCCAAUGAGUUGCAACUUGACCUAUCAGAAUUUCGUGAGGCUUUUUUUUAUCUCCAACAAGGGAGUUACUGUUGUUGCUAUCCUAUCAACACCAGGCUUUAAAAGUUCCCCUUAUAACAGGAAAGUCUGUUGAUAUUGAUGUAUCAGAAAGUUGUUGUGAUACGAGUCUAAGAAAUUCAGAUUCAACAGCUCUGCUUGCAGGAGUUAACUUCAUCUAGUAGGUCAGAUUUGAAGGACAAUAUUCCAUGCACUUCCGGAUCAGCAACGGAUAUUGAUAAUUGACUUUUCUCUUGACUGUAAUUUUUUAAAAUCUAAUAGUUUCCCUUUUCUUUGUGACGUAAACUCAUUGGCUUGGGGGUUUAGUGGGGAUGUUUAUAACCAGCACAAGUGUGGUUUGUUUAGAGAACUUCUUUUUGUGUCAGGCAACCAAGGUGUGAUGAUGGUCCAUGCCUUCUGUCAUUGUUUUAAUAAGAUUGCAGAGGUGAC